CAACUCAAAGUGCUCUCUGUGCUUUAAGCAGCUGUUUGUUUUGAAUAAAAGCUCGUAGCUUUCAAGUCCCCCAAGUCCGUCCCUUCCUUCCCUCCACCCUCCUCCCACGCUCCCAAGUCCCAACCCCUCUCUCUCUUUCAUUUUUUAAGGAUCAAGAUCUACCACUCCCACUCCCACUUGUCUCUUGUCUUCCUUCACCAAAUCCCUCUCCAUUAUUCACAACCUAAUCUUUUUCGUUGCUUCCUAGGGCUCUCUUUCAAGAUUCACUUGACCGUGUCUGGCGCAUGGACUAUGGUGUCUCCGACAGCACUGGUACUGAUGAUGAUCUUCCUCCAUCUCCUCAAUACAGAAUUCCAAGAGGGGGUCAAUUUGCUGGAAUUGAAAGAUCUGCAGUAGGUUCUAUCUCAUUCGCUAGGAAGUAUACUGACAUGGAGGCCCAAAUUCAUCACCUAGAGCAAGAAGCAUACUGUGCAGUCCUGCGUGCUUUCAAAGCUCAGUCUGAUGCGAUUACUUGGGAGAAGGAAGGUUUGAUUACAGAACUUAGGAAAGAGCUGAGAGUAUCCGAUGAUGAACACAGAGAGCUUCUUGGCAGGGUUAACUCUGAUGAUAUCAUCAGUAAGAUAAGAGAGUGGAGAACGGCAGGUGGGCAUCAAGCUGCGAGAUUCAGUGCAUCCCAGCCUGUUUAUGACCUUGUAUCCAGUCCUACUGUUUCAGCAUCUCGAAAGAAACAGAAAACAUCCCAAUCGCAGCAGGGUCAGCCAUUCCCUGGUUUAUCCUCAAUGAAGUCUAUGCAGUACCCUUCUACAGGACCUUCGUUGAGUAGGCAGCUCACUAGCCGCAGUACUACUGGUCCCCUUGCCAUAACUGAACCUGCUGUAGCAGCAACAUAUGAUUUAAUUGGAAAAAAAGUGUGGAUGAGAUGGCCUGCAGACAACAGCUUCUAUGAAGCCCUUAUAACAGACUACAACCCUAAUGAUGGUCGACAUGCUUUGAUCUACGAUAAAAAUACAGCAAAUGAGACAUUUGAAUGGGUAAAUUUCAAAGAGAUUUCUCGUGAGGAUAUCCGUUGGGAAGGUGAGGAACUGGGGCCAUCUCAUCAAGGGAACCAUGGCAGCGGACAAGGACGUAGGGUUAAGAAAUCUACGAACCAUGGUGGUGUUGGUCCAGUUUCUGGGAGAGGUCGAGGACAUAUAAAGCCUCAAUCAAAGAAACAACUUCUUCCUUCACAAAAUGGCAUAGGAAAUAAGUUGCCAGAUGAUCUAGAAUUAUUGAAUACUGAUUCUCUGGUAAAGGAGGUGGAGAGAGUUUUCAAUGCAAGUAAUCCGGACCCCUUUGAGCUUGAAAAGGCAAGGAAAAUGCUGAAAGAUCACGAACAGGCACUUGUUGAUGCCAUUGAAAGGCUUGCAUAUGCAUCGGAUGGUGAAAGUGAUGGAGAGCAUGCAUUUAUGCAUGGUUGAUCAAUGGAUGGAUAACAAUUGUGCAACAUGCAAUGUGGUUGAAAAGCUUUAUUUGUGAUGAUCAGAUGGCCAGAAAGGUUGAGUUGGAAAGGAUGCACCAAGAGGGUUAUGAUUUUGGUGGCACAGUAGUUUUAAUUUGAUCAGAUUUGUAGAUUUUUUCUGUUUCAUCUGGGUUUAUUUGAGCAAUCUCAAUUGCCUUUGAUGAUAGCAAUGCUGUUAUGCACAUCCGCUUGUAAAAACGUCUCAUUUUAGUAUUUCAGGUAUGUCAAGGAGUCGAGUAGAGAUUGUGUUUCUUUCAAGUAUAGUUUCCACAUGAGGGACAGCAUUUAAUUGUAAGAUUAGUCAUAGCAGAUGAGAUCUAAAUGUAAAAUUUUGUUGAUUUGAUCCUGCUAUUUGAUCUUGCGACUUGUCCUGCUUA